GUCGACCAGCAUCGGAUGCGAUCAACACGUGACUCACGACUCAUACUCAAGAUCAGGCCAGCCGGCUCGGCUGCUCCGGCACAUGAAUACAAAUAUGAGCCGAACGUGUCUGCGCAGCAAGAAGAAGAGUUGAAUUGGAAGCAGCAGCAGUCAUGAGUCACGAGUGAUCACAAAUAUUCAUGAGGACUCGUGACUCUGACUGCAUGCAUGGAGGCGACUUUCGAAUCGUCUUCAUAUACGUCAAUCAAGAAUUUGUCAUGAAGCAUGCACGUCCGCCCAUCGGCAGGCCCCGGCCGCAGACCGACUGGUAUGGAUUGCCUACUUUCAAUCAAGACGCCUAUCACAGCGCUCGAGCAGGGCCGGUCGCGAUGAUGAACUGCAGCAUGGCCAUCAGGCAUCAGCAAGACUUCAGAGCCGCGGAUGAUCCCAGACUCGUGACUCAAGUGCGACUCACUGAUGAGAUGCGGACGAGACGACGAACAGCUGUAGGGCGCUUCGAGCUGAGAAACAAUUUGGACGCCCUCGUCACGAUCGCACUGCGACGUCCAGCCUACUUUGACUGCAUGGCUGGCGUACGGUACAGCGGCUGCAUGGCGUGGGAGGAUCAUCAAAGCAUGCGCGGUUCAGAAUCAAGGUUAUAUUCAGGUUUGCCUUUGUCGCGCUGGUCAGGGAUAAGAGCUAGCAUGGCUGCAUGGCCCAAGUGCCCAGUCUUACGUCUGGGAUUGUGCUGCUGCGCGUAUGCUGCUGGUAGGGUACGUACGGCAUGACUACAUCCAGAAGAGUCACAAGUAAACAGCCGUACACGAGAAAGCCUUUACUUAAUUAUGCCGACUCGAACCCAGAUCAUGCAGGCUCUCGACUGCUGCAAAGACUUCGUGAUUCUGAUCAAGUCUCGAUCGGCAUACACUCGUCACUCACAACGAGUCUGACGAGCCGUGAGUGGUGCUACGUGAGAUCGACUUGUCCGAUCGCAUAGCCCACCUCGCUCAGACAAGCGCCUGCCCUGAACAAUUUCAAGCCUCAUCUCAACACGCGUAAAAGUGGUCAGUGUCAACACAUCAGGUUACCCAUCCUCUACCUUGCUUCACUGCAGUCGGCAGCCUCUCAGCCAAGAGCAC